GUAUUGUAUUCAAUGCUAAACCCAUACUAUCUCUCACACACUCAACACAACAUCACAUUUUAGCGAAAACGAGGAUUGAAUAGAAUUGGUAUUAAAGACUAGAAGAAUCAGUGAAGAGACUGAAGAGAUGUCGAUUUGGGCGCAAUUACAAGAACUGCCCGAAGAGGCUCAACAACAGGUGCAUAUGGCAUACGGGGAACAGUUCCCGAUCGAAGUUCGCUGCGCUUUAGCGCAAUGGAUAGAAGAGAAGCCGUGGAAGGAGUUGGACGCAGACAACCCACAGCACGAGGCGUACGCUUCCAGUUUGGUCUCGUCGAUGAUCCAAGAGAUCGAAGUGAAGGCAAACGCCACCGAAAACUUUGUCACCAAAUUUAAGUUAACGCAAAGCGCACAGAAUUUUCGUCUUAAUUAUUCGCACAAUCCCUUCAUAUUAGUCCGUAUUGUGAAACACUGUCUGAACACUGAGUCCAAAGUGAUUCAACAAUCGCAGAACUAUCUGAAUAUAUCAAACCACGAGACAAAGCCCGUCAUCCGAGACCCACAGCAAGAGAUCACUCAACAGAUGGAGAAAUUGCGGAAACAGACGGUCGAGACGGAGGAGGAGUUGCGUCGGAUGCGCGAAGAACAGGAACAGUUCAUCAUUCAGUUCCAGGAGAACCAGAAGAGACAGAUCACUAUCCAACAGCUCAAUUGCCAACAAAAUCAAAACAUUGAACUCAUCAACAAAUGGCAGAAAGAGAAGGACUCUCUGGACAACGCUCUCCGGAACAAAGCCUCACAACUGUUUCAGAUGCGAAUGGCUCUCAUUCAGAGACAUACCGACACUUUUGGCGCCCUUCAGAGUCUUCAGCAGCGAGUGCUCGACGAAGAGCUCAUCAAUUGGAAGCGCGCGCAACAACUUUGCGGAAAUGCAGUGCCUUUUGAUAACAAUUUGGAUCAAAUUCAAGAGUGGUGUGAAGUGUUGGCUGAAGUGAUUUGGGCCAACAGACAGCAGAUGAAGAGAAUCGCCGACAUGUGCUCGCAGUUGCCAUUGGGUCCCAACACUUCCAAUGGACACACCGAACAACUGCAACACUUGAACAAACAGAUCACGAGUUUGUUGUCCAAUUUGGUCACCUCUACGUUCAUCAUUGAGAAACAGCCGCCGCAAGUGAUGAAGACUAACACCCGCUUCACUUCGACGGUGCGACUGUUGGUCGGCGGCAAACUCAACGUGAAUAUGACUCCUCCGCAGGUGAAGGUGACGAUUAUCAGCGAAUCUCAGGCCAACGCCAUGAUUAAGAACGAUCAGGUGUCCAGCGGUGAGGCCAGCGGUGAGAUCCUCAACAACUCGGGAACAAUGGAAUACCACUCCGCGAGUCGACAGCUGUCCGUCAAUUUCCGGAACAUGCAGUUAAGGAAAAUCAAAAGAGCGGAGAAGAAGGGAACCGAAUCAGUGAUGGACGAGAAGUUCUCACUUCUCUUUCAAUCCAAAUUCAAUGUCGGCGGAGGAGAACUCGUCUUUCAAGUCUGGACCCUUUCCCUCCCGGUUGUGGUCAUUGUUCACGGGAAUCAAGAGCCCCACGCCUGGGCCACUGUUACGUGGGAUAAUGCGUUCGCCGCUCCCGGAAGGACUCCAUUUGUAGUGCCAGAGAAAGUGCCGUUCAGUCAAGUGGGAGAAGUGUUGAGCCAGAAAUUCAAGGGUGCGAUCGGAAGGGGUUUGAGUGAAGAAAAUUUGCGAUUCUUAGCGGGAAAAGCGUUCAGAAACCCGAACCUACAGGACUGGCCAAACCAAUUGCUCAGUUGGUCAUUGUUUAGCAAAGAGCCCCUUCCGGACCGUAGUUUCACAUUCUGGGAGUGGUUUUACGCCAUCUUGAAGGUGACUCGCGAGCACUUACGCGGCCUCUGGAAUGAUGGCUCAGUUAUGGGAUUUGUUUGGCGCCGACAGGCGGAGGAGAUGCUGUCCAAGAAGUCGAGCGGUACUUUUCUGCUGCGAUACAGUGACUCGGAAUUGGGUGGAGUGACAGUGGCCUGGAUUGCAGAGGGACAGGAGGGCAAUGAGACCUAUAUGUUACAGCCGUUUACCUCAAGAGACUUUCAGAUCAGAGGACUGGCCGAUCGGAUCAAUGACUUGAAACAUUUGACGUACUUAUACCCAGACAUACAAAAAGAUCAAGCGUUUUCCAAAUACUACACGCCAUUCAACGAUAGCCAACCCUCCUCUUCAAACGGAUACGUGAAGCCAGUAUUGGUUACAUUCAUUCCCGGGUGGUCGGGUAACAGUCCAUUUGACUCGUAUCCAAAUACCCCCCAAUCGGUAAUACAUAAUCCUCACUCUCCGAGCGACGGUUCGCUUUCAUAUCAUGACAACCCGUCAAUCCAUAGCUCAUCCAAUGACUGCGCUAUGAAUGCUGUCGGAGGAAUGGGAGGAACUGUUGACGAUUACACAGAUUUAAUGUCUAUGGAUUUGGUGUCAGAUCUGGAUGUUCCGGUCGACUUCUCCUCUAUUAAUGUCUCUGAUCUCAUGUCUUACAGCAAGUCUUCAUGAGAUCGUUAUUAACAGAUAAUAUAAAAUCAUUUAUUGCUAUCAUAUUUGAGUUUAACGUGAUUUUCCUUAUAUUGCAAACAUUUUAUAUAAAUAGUAAUUUUGUUUGCAAUUAUUAAUAGCAACUAAAAGCUAAAAUAUUUUUCAAUUAUUACAAGAGUGCAAUAUCUCUAAAAAUAACGCAUUUUAACUAUUAGUGCCAUAAAUGUUAUUAUUAUUAUCCACUUAUUUGUUCAGUACCUUUAGCUUCAAAUCCAUUCUCUAAGCCCUUAUAGUGCCUCACAUUCUGUUUAAAAAUUCAUAUUUUUCAGUACAAAGUGAUUGACAGAUCUCUCAAAAGUUAUUGAAUGUUAUUUUUAUCAUAUUCUGUGAAAGCUAUGAUAAAAAUGAUAAACAAAUCACAAGAGUUUUUGGGAAAAAAAUAUUUUAUUCAUAACUAUUUAUUAUUAUUUGAAAUUUACUCGUUCUUAACAAAAAAUAUGUUUUCUUAUAUUAUUGACUUUUCAUAAUUUUUAAUUCAAUCGUA